GAAAUUCAAGGAUCAAAGGGCAAGAGGAGAGAACGAUGGCGCUCUUUCGAAAUCUCGAUCAAUGCAGAGUCUAAAUUUCCCCCCUUAUCAAUUCCAGUUAGCCUCCUGAAGCCUCAUGAUCAACCCACUCAGAUUGAUGCUACUUCGAAUUUCGCCGAUGGCAUAAUCAAAUGCCCAGAGGAGGCGUGGAGAGAGAGAGAGAGAGAGAGAGAGAGAGGCACUUGAUUUUUGUGGGUGCCGGCGAUUGACCGAAGUGGGGGGCGAGUCGGAAUUCAAUUUGGGCCCCAGACGUUCCAUUCCGAUCCGCACUUAUUUCUAAUCAUGACUUUUCUCUUGUAAAAAUUGUUACUUGGAUCAAUUUUUCAAUAGUGGGGUGAAAAAGUUUGUUCAUUGGGUGAAGUCUGAAGAAGUCUCUGCGUUCACACAAUCUUUUGACGCUUCUGAAUUUAGAGCGUUGGGAUUUCGUUCUUUAAUGCACACCCUCUUGACUUCUCUGCAAUUUGAGCGUAGCAGAGAAGUCAUUCACACAAAAAAUAAAGAUUUUUUUUUUUUUCGAAAUAACUCUUACAAUUUGAAGAGAGAGAAGGGAAGUGAAGAGCUCGAAGAAAGAGAGACAGAGGGGGAGAGAGCUUUGGAUUCUUGGCUUAACGGAGGGAUAAUCAACUCACUUUUUGAGUUUUGUUUUUCUCCCUGAUGAAUUGUGGAUAUGAGCCGGGGAUUUGAUUUCUUGUGGGCUCAGUCAAUGCUUUCUUGCUAUCAAAAGGUGACUUUUUCGGUUAGAGCCUGUCUUGAUCUUUACAUAAUUCCUCCUUCCCUGUAUGAUACUGUGCUGGGUUUUGUCGAUUCUCGAAUCUUUAGCUCUCAACUUUCGACAGAACUUUACUGAAUUGUGGUUAAGGCUUAUCAUAGUUCGUGUGGGCUGUGGCUGGAGUUUCUGGGUUUUGGUUCAUUAUCCGUUUUGUCAUGCUCUUUUGGUGAUUGAAGUUGAAUAAUUGGACAACUUCAGGGGAAUCAGUGAAGUGCUGGUUUAGAUUAACGGUCAGGCAGGUUUUCCACCUUCUUAGUAGAUAUUGAGUUUUAUUUUGGUUGGGUUCUUGUAUUAAGCGCUGACAGAUCAUCCAUGUCGGUCAUCCUACCUUUGUGAGUGGGACGUGUGAUGAGCAUCGGGAUAUGAUGUACAUUGAAGCUUGCUUCUUCCUUUACUUACGAUUGAUAUGAAUGAAACUUAUGAUGUUCAGAUGUUGAUGUUCUCUAUUUUUGUCACGUUGCUUCUUCUAGCGUUGCUUCAAGUGCGAUGAAACAUAAUGACGUCUAGGAAUUGGAUGAAAAAACGGAGAUUCGGCAUUCGAGGGAGGUUAAAGAAGAUGAUGAAAUGCAUCUUUUCCGGAGAGCAGGUACGGGUAGAUGAAAUGAUAGACUCUUCAGAGUCGUUGGCCACUCGAGAUUACUCAGCCAGUGGGUAUUCAUCUCGAACUGGUGAGGCAGAGCCAAAGGUGGAUAAGAGCAAUAUUGAAGAAGCUGAAUCAUCUCUCCGGGAAAGCGGUUAUCUAAACUAUGAGGAAGCAAGAGCAUUAUUGGGAAGGCUUGAGUAUCAGAAAGGUAAUAUAGAAGGUGCACUUCACGUGUUUGAAGGAAUCGACAUAGCUGCUGUUACUCCCAAAAUGAGAGUCUCCAUUUCUAGAAGAGGCGAUUAUAACAGACGUCACUCGCAAAGUGAUGCCGCGCCAAUCAUGUCCAUGCAUGCUGUUACCUUACUCUUUGAAGCUAUUUUUCUUAAAGCAAAAUCCUUGGAGCAUCUUGGAAGGUUUGAUGCUGCUCAAUCAUGCAAAAUUAUUCUAGACACUGUUGAAUCUGCACUUCCAGAUGGCUUGCCUGCAAGCUUCAAGACCGAUUUUAAAAUUCAAGAAAUUCUCAAUAAGGUUGUUGAACUAGUUCCAGAAUUAUUGAAACUUGCUGGAGAUUUCCAAGAGGCUAUAUUGUUGUAUCGCCGUGCCCUGCUGUAUCACUGGAACCUUGAGGUAGAAACCGCUGCAAAGAUACAGAAGGAAUUUGCAAUUUUUCUUCUCUACAGCGGUGUGGAGGCAAGUCCUCCAAAUCUGCGUUCACAGAUCGAUAGUUCUUUUGGGCCAAGAAACAAUAUAGAAGAGGCGGUUCUUCUGUUGCUAAUCUUACUUAGAAAAUGUGCACUUGGAAUGAUCAAAUGGGAUUCAUCUAUCAUGGAUCACCUUACUUUUGCCCUAUCCGUCUCUAGUGGAUUGAAGGCCCUGGCUCAUCAGGUUGAAGAGUUGAUUCCGGGAAUUCUCGAAAGAAAUGAGAGGUACUGCGUCCUGUCUCUUUGUUACCAUGGGGAAGGGGAGGACAUGGUAGCAUUGAAUUUACUGAGGAAUGUGUUUAGAAACAGAGAGCAUCCAGAUUGUAUACUGGAAAUGAUGCUUGCUUCAAAAAUUUGUGGAAAAAAUGAAGUCUGUAUUGAAGAGGGCAUAGGUUACGCUUGCAAAGCACUUAGGGAAUCACAUGGGAGGUGCAGCCAGAAGGCCAGUAUCUCAAAUUGUUUGCUUGGGACUUUGUUAUCUGCUAAGUCAAGAUUAGUAUCUUCUGAUAGCGAAAGAACUUUGGAGCAAUCAAAAGCUCUUUCUGCUCUUGAAGCUUCUGAGAGAAUGAUGAAAGAAAGAGACCCCUUUGUUGUGCAUCAGCUAUGUCUUGAAAAUGCUGAGCAGAGGAAGUUGGACAUAGCGCUUUACUAUGCAAAGCAACUGCUGAAACUGGAGGCAGGGGCUAGCGUAAACGGAUAUAUUCUCUUGGCUCGAAUUUUGUCAUCUCAAAAACGGUUUGUUGAUGCCGAGACUGUUAUUAAUGCUGCUCUGGAUCAGACUGGAAAGUGGGAUCAAGGAGAAUUACUGAGAACUAAAGCGAAACUUCAGGUUGCGCAAGACCAGCUAAAUAAUGCCAUCGAGACAUAUAGUCAGCUUCUGGCUGUUCUUCAAGUGCAGACUAAAUCUGCAGGAGUUGGAAAUAAGUACAGCAAGGAUAGAGGGCAGCGUUACAAGAGUUUGGAAUUGGAUACUUGGAAUGAUCUAGCUAACGUGUACACCAGUUUGUCACAGUGGCGUGAUGCUGAGGUCUGUCUUUCAAAGUCGGAAGCUAUCAGCCCCUUUUCUGCUUCUAGAUGGCACUCUACUGGUUUACUAUACCAAGCAAAAGGUCUCCACCAAGACGCCCUGAAGUCGUUUAGGGAAGCACUAAAUGUCGAGCCCAAUCACGUGCCAAGCUUGAUUUCCACUGCUUGCAUCCUUCGACAGCUUGGAAGUGGAUCUUUGCCGGUUAUCCGGAGCCUCCUCACCGAUGCACUUCGGCUUGACAGAACAAACCCAUCGGCUUGGUUCAAUCUUGGGCUGGUCUAUAAAUCCGACCCAGGAGUGUCGGCACUUGAGGUGGCCGAGUGCUUCGAGGCUGCUGCUCUUCUGGAGGAGACUACUCCGGUCGAGCCAUUUAGAUAAACCUCUGUGUAGAGUGAGUGUAAAUGGUUAAGAAUCAGUUGUAAAUUACUCAUUCCUUAUACACUAACUCCCAUCAUUGAGAUAAGUGUAAAGCUGAUGGUGGAAGUCAAUAUAGAGUAAAAGCUUUGGGAAUAUGGCAGAAUAGGAAAUUGAAGCUGAAAUUGACGGUGGUUCACGGCUUUUUGUUGGUUGAUAUUGUGAUUUUGGGAUUCAGCAUUUUGAAAGUUUAAAUGUUAAGAUUGCAGAUGAGAUGCUUAUCA